AACAAAUAGUAACACACAUUCACCAUGGUGGGUACCAUGGAUGUUAAAGAUUUAAAGGGCGCCAAAAUAACCCAUGCCGGUCUUCUAAAACACAAUGCCGAUGGCACAACCGAAACACAAAAAAUCACACAUGCCGGCCUAGUGGCACGCAGUCCCGAGGGCACUGCCGCCAAGGGUAUGAACAUACGCGGCAAUGAGGAUUUAUGGGUGGAAAUACAGGCGAAUACAUUUCGCAAUUGGGUGAAUGAACAUUUGCGUCCAACAGGCAUGCAGGUAAGUUGAUCCA